AUGCCGAGUAUACCACAUGCGCUGAUGAACGAGCAGGCGGACAUCGCUGUUGGGCAGCGUUACAACUGUCAGCGCCCCCCCGAAUUGCCAACGAGAUGGCCUCUCGGAAUUGAUCGGAUCAAGGAACUUUGGGAUUCUAAUGCUGAAGGCCGCCUCCUGGCAUUUCUGUGCUCAAUUGCAAAGAAUUAUGAACCUCAUAAUAUGCUUUCGCAGUAUCUGCUCUUUGGACCACGGGCCUUCCAUAUUCUGAAUCCCAAAAAUCUCGAAGUCGUUCUUUCAAUUAACUUCUCUGAUUAUGGGUUCGGUGUUCGUCCAGCGAUCUUCGCUCCGCUUCUCGGCCGGGGUAUCUUCACCCAAGAAGGCGCAGCCUGGAAGCAUUCUAGAGAGCUUUUGCGAAAACAAUUUAUCCGUGCGCAGUAUCAAAACCUCCAUCAGUUUUGCGAGCAUGUCGACAAUCUUUUGGCCCAUGUGCCUGAGUCUGGAGUCGUGGACCUACAACCUCUCUUCUUCAGCCUAACUCUGGAUACCACAACUGCGUUAUUGCUAGGACGAUCAGUUUACAGCUUAAGAGCAAGCAUUGACCAGGACGCAGAAAACAAAGAGUUCUCAGAGAGCUUCAAUAUUGCCCAAGAAGGGUUGGCAAAGAGAUUUCGAAUUGCGCCCUGGCACUUUCUAUACAAUCCCCCUCGCUUUCGACGUGCCUGCAGGAAUGUCCAUCGUUAUGUCGAACGAUAUAUCGAGGAAAGAAAGCUAUUGAACGGCAAGGCGACCUUGGAAGAUGAUUCUUACGGCUUUAUUGAUCAAGUAUCAAAGGAGUCUGAAAAUAUGAACGCGCUUCGGGAUCAACUACUUAACGUUCUCUUAGCUGGGAGAGACACUACAGCUUGCUGUCUUUCGUGGACAUUCAUCUAUGGCCAAGAUGCAGAGAGGUUUCGGCCAGAGAGAUGGGAAGGGAAGGAGCUUGCGAACAUUGGAUGGGCUUAUUUCCCGUUCAAUGGUGGGCCGCGGCAGUGCCUUGGUGAAGAUUUUGCCCUCAUGGAAGUUUCCUACACAGUCGUGAGGCUUCUUCAGGCAUGUUCGGAAAUUGCCCUACCUGAUAACGAGGUCAACGAACCUCCGGGGACUGAGAGACAGACACUUACUCUGGUGCUGUCGAGUGCCGACGGCUGCAGGGUCCAGUUGGUGCGACGCCAGUUGAAUCAAAAAACGACGGUCGAACAUUGUGUAUGA